UGCUGGCGAAGUGGGGAUCUCCCUCGCUGAGAUGAGAAAAUCAAACAUAUAAAUACACAUCUGCCACGAGCUUUGAACUGGCAGCUCUACACCCAUCUGCCUCGUGCGUCCUCUUUCACCACAUUCAUCUUCAAAACAAACAAUUUUUUUUGUAAAAUAUUCUGAAAAACGCAGUUGGCCCCUUUCUUUUUGUUUUUUAUUUAUACUUUUCUUGCUCAGAUUUUCUAUUUUUCUUGAGAAAAUCGAGUAGCGCUAGGGUUCUGAAUCCACAUUCUUGGCAUUUCAGAUGAGAAUUAAAUCCUCGAUUGGUUGUAGAAGAACCUUAGAAACGUCUCUAUCAUGAUCACUGAUAAUUUGAUAGGGUUCGGAUUGGCCAUGGCAUCCAGUGCCUUCAUUGGAUCCAGCUUCAUCAUCAAGAAGAAGGGACUCCAGAGAGCCGGCGCCUGCGGAACUCGAGCUAGUUCAGGAGGGUAUGGUUAUCUAUGUGAGCCACUCUGGUGGAUUGGCAUGGUCACCAUGAUUGUUGGAGAAUUUGCCAACUUCAUAGCUUAUAUUUAUGCGCCCGCUGUGCUUGUGACACCGCUGGGAGCUUUGAGUAUAAUAGUUAGUGCUGUUCUAGCUCAUUUCUUACUGAAGGAAAAAUUGCGGAAAUUGGGAGUAAUAGGAUGCAUUUUAUGUGUAGUUGGUUCUACAGUCAUUGUUCUUCAUGCUCCUGGAGAACAUAGCAUUAGUUCUGUGGACGAAAUUUGGGGUUUAGCAAUCCAGCCAGCUUUUCUUUUGUACAUUGCAGCAGCAAUAGCAAUAGCAUUGGUACUGGUGUUGUAUUGUGAGCCACGCUAUGGACAGACAAAUAUUAUGGUUUAUAUUGGAAUUUGUUCCAUAAUUGGAUCAUUGACGGUAAUGAGCAUUAAAGCAAUUGGCAUUGCUAUAAAGCUUACGCUGGAGGGUUCAAGUCAAGUUGCACACCUCCAAACGUGGGUUUUUGUAACAGUUUCAGUUACAUGUAUAGUUAUUCAGCUCAAUUACUUAAAUAAGGCUCUGGACACAUUUAACACAGCUGUUGUUUCUCCAAUCUAUUAUGCAAUGUUCACAACUCUCACAAUUGUAGCCAGUGCCAUAAUGUUUAAGGACUGGUCUGGUCAAAGUGCUAGUGAUAUUGUGUCAGUUCUUUGUGGGUUUUUAACUGUUCUUUCUGGUACAAUGGUUCUUCACAGCACUAGAGAUCCAGACCCCUCUCCUGGUUCAGAUUUGUACACUCAACUUUCUCCUCAGAUUUCAUGGCUAGUUCAUGCCAAUGGUGAGAUAUGGAAGCAGAAAGAUGAUGAUUUGCAUCACGAAUUUGUUGCAAUAAUUCAGCAGGAUCAUUUUAAGUAAGGAAAAUAAUCUGGAUAAUUGGUCAGAGCAUCGUAUAUGACUAAUUUUUUUUCCCGCUUACAUGGACAUCUAUAUUAGCUUCAGUUCCAUUAAAUUUUGCAGCUUGAAGAAAGUUGAGUAUGUUUAGAUCAUCUUCCUGUGGUAUUAGCAGAUCGAGGAUCUUUUCCUUUCUUCUAGAUGUGCAUGAUAUUUCUUGUUUGUAGCCCAUUCUAAAUCUAUUUAUUCUCUAAAGUUUAUAGAGAUUGAUUGAUUCUGCUAGCCUAGAGUGUAAUUAUAUGUUUAAUUUGUCAUGUAUUUUAGUAACACUUUCUCUUAUAGGCUUGUAUUGUUUGUAAAUCUAAGGCUGUGGUUUGUAAAUCUAAGAAUGGUGGCUACCUUAUUUAUAUUGAGUGAAACAAACCCACUUUUCUAUUUG